AUACAGAUCUAGUCGUGGGGAUAUUUGGGGUCUGCUUCGAUUUUAUUCUUGUUAUGUUCUAGCUAAGUUUGUCUGUGAUUUGAAACCAUACGUGGAAGACGUGUAGCUACAAACGGCAAUUUCUCUAUAUCUUUUGGAAAAUUUAUUUAAGUUUUUAUUUCGGAACGUGUAUUUAAAAUUUGUGUGGAAAGUACUGAAACAAUUUGGAAAUGGGGAAAAAAUCGCCACAAAAGCUAGACAAAGCGCAAAAUUCGGCAUCGCAACAGUCAUCAUCAACCUCAGCUUUGAAAAAGGAGGCUGCAGUGCUCAAAGACACCAGUCUUGCGGUUCUCUCGCGAGAGUUGGGCGCUCUGGACAAACAUAGUGGUCUGAUGCUUGGAAUGUACCUCAAUGUUCCAAACACCACCAUUGUCAACAUCGCAAAUGCCGCAUCAGAUGACGGAUACAGUGACGUCAGCGACAGAACCAGGAUUGACACCACACAGAAAAUUCUACUCACGUGGAAGGAUUCUUGGAAAGACAUGCGCCCCAAGAUUAAAGAGCGCGAAAAAGUAAAAGAGCUUGCGCGCGCAGUCACGGAAAUGGGGAAAUCGGAAAUGGCUUCUGUGAUUACCGAAAAACAUGGCGAAAACGCAGAACUGACGGCAGACGCUUUUACCGGCCUUACCUCGUGAAUUUCAUUAACUUAUACAUAGAUCUUUGAAAACAAUUUUGAAGAGAACAGAAUUCUCAGGAAUAUCGACUCAUCCUGAAAGAUCACAAUAUCCCCCUUUAAAUACCGUGCUUUGAAAUGAUAUACCAAAACCGUGUGAUAUAUAGCCAAAGAAUGUUUCGUCUCUUUAUAGUUCCGACACAAUGACCGCAGGUUUUGAUAAAGAUAGCGAUUUUUUAACCUGAUGUACUUUGAAAACGUUACGAAGUCAAGAAAGAUCAUACUUUUUUCAAUUAAAAAAUAAUUACGUAUCUUUACAUGAGAGUUUUGCAUACAAAUCCCCUUUUUGUAUAUAUUUGAUGAUAAUACUUAUGUUGAUUUAUUAUAUCUCACAAAUAAUGAUUUGUAUUAAUCUACUUUCUUCAAAUAUUGUUCAAUGGCUUAGCCAGUUGUUUUUUUCUCCAUAGUGCAUACUAGUAUAUUAAAUCUACCUCUGUACAGAGGGUAAUUCACAUGAA